AUGGAUGAAGCAAAGUACAGCGGCAGAGUGGGAGACCAGCCAGACGACAUCGCCAUCGUGGGCUACGCUUUUAGACUGCCCCAGGAUGUGGAUGACGAUUUCACCUUCUGGGACGUGCUGCAGAAGCGACGCAAUCUGAGAACGGACUGGCCGGCAUCCCGCAUCAACGCCGAUGCAUUCAAAUUCCACCAUGGCAAAGGCGCGCAUUUUAUCAAUGAGGACUUGGCCGCUUUUGAUGCUCCCUUCUUCUCGCUCACGGCCAAGGAGGCCGCGGCCAUGGAUCCGAUGCAGCGCUGGACCCUGGAAACCUCAUAUCGGGCUUUUGAGAACGCUGGAAUGCCGGCAGAGGCCCUCAGAGGCUCCCGCACUGCCGUGUUUUCGGCCUCGAUGCUGGAGGACUACGCAAGGAUGACGGCCAUGGACCCGGACAACACGGAGAGAACAGCCGUGACGGGCAGCACUGUUGCGUGCGUCAUUCCGAAUCGUGUCAGCUGGUAUUUCGACCUGCGCGGUCCCAGUAUCCAUGUGAACACGGCUUGCUCCAGCGCGCUGUCUGCAGUAGAUAUGGCUUGUAAGAAUCUGCAAGCAGGAGAUUCCUCGUGUGCGCUCGUAACCGGGGCGAACCUGCUCCUCGACCCCGGCGUAUUCCAGGUCCUGUCGAACGGCGGCUUUCUGUCUCCGGACGGCGUAUGCCAUAGUUUUGACCACCACGCCAACGGGUACGCCAGGGGCGAGGGAUUCGUUGCUUUGGUGCUCAAACCGGUGACCGCAGCCGUAAGAGACGGCGACGUGGUCCGCGCCGUCAUCCGGGCUGUUGGCUCAAAUCAAGACGGCAACACGCCCGUGCUCACGCAGCCUAGUGCCCAGGCUCAAGAGGACUUGAUACGGCAUGUCUACGCGCGAGCCGCUCUGCCGUUUGAUCAGACGCGCUACGUCGAAGCCCAUGGGACGGGAACUCGAGUCGGUGAUCCCAUCGAGGUCCGAGCCAUUGGCCGGGUGUUCCGAGACUUCCGCUCAGCGGAAGAGCCCAUGUUUGUCGGGUCCGUGAAAGCAAACGUCGGACAUCUAGAAGGCGCCAGCGCCUUGGCCAGCAUUGUGAAGGCCAUUCUGAUUCUCGAAAAGGGAAUCAUCCCUGGGCAGCCGCUCCUCGAGAAGCUCAACCCAGACAUUGACGCUGACAUGCACCACAUCAUGGUCCCCUUGGAAGACACAGUGUGGCCAAGCCCGGGGCUUCGUCGGAUAUCGGUCAACUCGUUUGGUUUUGGAGGAUCCAACUCCCACGCCAUCCUGGACGACGCAUUGCACUACAUGCAGGAAAGGGGCCUCCGUGGGAAUCAUUGCACUGUUUCCGAUCCUCUCGUCUCCAACAACACAGAUGUGCAGGCGCGCGCUGUCAACGGAGUAAACGGAGAAGCCACCAGGUUCCCGAAACUUCUGGUGUGGAGCGCCGCUGACGAGGGGGCACUCAACCGCAUGAUCCAGGCAUACGAGUCCUAUUACGAGGACAGAGUCGCUGGUGACCCCAGCCAGCUCGACAGACUGGCCUUCACCCUGGCAGCACGACGGAGCCGCAUGCUGUGGAGGGCCUUUUCCAUUGUUAACGAUGGCGCAGAGACGACGAGCCUGACACGGCCCAGCAAAGCCACCCGGAGUUCGGCUGAGGUCGGCCUGGCAUGGGUCUUCACCGGACAGGGCGCACAGUACGCGCAUAUGGGUUAUGAUCUUUGCCGGUAUUCCGUCUUCCGCCGGACGCUGGAGCAAGUCGACGGCAUAUACCGCGGCUUGGGCGCGGAAUGGUCAUUGUUCGACGAGCUGCGUAGCUCCGAGAACAUUGAUAAGCCUGAAUACAGCCAACCGUUGACCACGGCGGUACAGGUGGCGCUUGUCGAGUUGCUGAGGAGCUUUGGCGUCAGCCCUAAGGCUGUCGUCGGUCACUCCUCCGGGGAAGUUGCGGCCGCCUAUGCCAUUGGCGCCUUAUCUCUGCCAUCGGCCUGCAAAGUUGCCUUCUUCCGCGGACUGCUGGCCGGAAAGUUGCGCGCCGCAAGCGCCUGUACCCCUCAGGCCAUGAUAUCCGUAAACCUCUCAGAGGCCCAGGUUCCAGAUUACCUCUCCAAGACUGAGUUGUCAACGGAAAAUGCGCUGUCAUCGGUAUGCGUCGCCUGCGUCAACAGCCCGCUCAACUGUACCUUGUCGGGCCCGGAGGCAGCCAUCGACGCGAUCAAGGCGCAAGCCGACAGGGACGGCAUCUUCGCACAAAAGCUUCGGACUGCGGUUGCUUACCACUCGCCAUCCAUGCUUGCCAUUGCAGGCGAGUAUCUGACAUUGAUGGGACAUCUCGAGGGCGCUGCGGCCUCGAAAGUCUCCGGUGGGAUCACAAUGAUGUCCUCGGUCACUGGGAAGGAGGUCCGGCCGACCGAAUUGGCCAAGCCACAGUACUGGGUCAGCAAUAUGGUGUCGACGGUCCGCUUCUCCGACGCAGUGCGCGCACUUCUCGACAAAUUCGAUUCAACCAUCACGGACUUAGUCGAGGUCGGCCCACACCCAGCACUGCGCCGCCCCGCACGAGACACGGUGGGCAAGGAGCAGCAGAUCCGGUAUGCCGGUGUCUUGGACCGGUCCCGUCCAGCAACCGAGACCAUGCUGGAGCUCGUCGGCCAGCUCUUUUCCUUGGGGCACGCCGUGUCCAUACCCUCAGUCAACCACGAGAAAGCCAAGCCGGCUCCCCGGCCCCUCGUCGACUGUCCCGCGUACCCAUUCGACCAUUCCCAUCGCUACUGGGCCGAGUCGCGUCUUAGCCGGGACUUCAGGCUGCGAGGGACGGUUCAGGGCGAGACACUGGGAAUGCGCGCGUCAGACUGGAACCCGUUGGCGCCAAGGUGGAGGAAUUUCCUCAGCGUUGAGUCCUCGCCUUGGCUGGGACACCAUAAAGUAUCUGCCGGCAUGCUCAUCAUGGCCAUCGAGGCGGCGCAGCAGCAGACGGCUCACGGUGACCGCACAGUGAUGGGUUACCAGCUAGAACAGGCCAACUUCCUGAACCCGAUCAUUGUGCCAGAAGCGUGGGAGGACAGGAUAGAGACGCAAGUGCAGCUGCAGCCGGCGAGGAAGAAGGAGAACAGCUUCGAUGUCUCCAUAUUCUCAUACUCCUCCCGCGGCGGGCAGUGGUCCGAGUGCUUCCAUGCCCGGAUCACAGUGGAGUACCAAGGCGAAGGGGCCGAGGGAGAGCACAAACGUGUCGCCGAUGAAGCCGCGCGGACCCGCCAGGCGGACGCCGAGAGACGUUGCAGGCUGCCCCUCGACCCGGAAGUCUUUUACCGUGACGCGUCGGAACACGGGCUGCAAUACGGAGACUGGUUUCAGCUGCUCCGGGAGAUCCGCUGGGACGGCCGGAAGACUGCCGUGGCGCGAGUCGACUUGUCGAGACAGAGAUACCGGAGCGAGAGCCUGGUGCACCCGGCCCUGCUCGACACAGCCUUCCACGUGCUGCGCGCCAGUGCGGGCCAGCAGCCAGCCGCCAACGUCCCUGUUCGUCUGGAAAAGGCGUGGUUUUCGGCCACGGGCUGGCAGCAUCCCGGCAAUGGUGAACUUAGGUGGUUGGCCACUUCCAGUCGUGCGAUCCGUGACACUGACAGGCCUAACCGCCUUGGUGAAGAUGGCACUCUCCAAGCGCUCGCAGCGGAUGGGACCGUCCUAUGCACCAUCAAGACGGCCGUGACAGCGCCCGUCUCCAAGACUGCAGAAGGGGAGAAAGGAAACAAGGAGAAGAAGCUCCUGUACAGCAUGGAAUGGAAGCCACAGCUGAGCCUGCUCGAGCCGGAGCAGCUGGCACGCGUGUGUCACGUCCAUUUCUCCGCGCGGGACGAGACGGCGAUCGUGAGCAACCACGCCAAGCUGUGUGCCGCUCUGGACCUCGCCGCCGUGCGCACUCUCAAGCACAUGGACCGCUCGAAGAUACCAAAGAACCACCUCCUCCGGCACGUCGAUUGGAUGGAACACCACGUGGCCACCCUGCCCGCGGCGCGGAGGCAAGAAGGGGAGACCAUCAGCGACGCCGACCUGGAGACACGUCUGCGCGAGGUCGAGGAAGUGCUUCCUGCGUGGAAGCUGUACACGGCGUGUGCGCGGCAGCUGGGCAGCAUCCUGGCCGGAGAGGCGGACCCGCUGCAGGUUGUUUUCGAGUCGGAGCUGGCCAACGUGUUCUACGCCAACCUGUUCCUGAACCUGUGCGCCGACGGGCGGCUUGCCGCAUUCUUGGAACUCGCAUCCCACGAGAACCCGGCCAUGCGCAUCCUCGAAGUCGGAGCCGGCACGGGCGGCAUGACCGGCCACGUCCUGAACGCGCUGCAGGCCCGCGAAGCCCGCACGGGGGCGCCCAGCUUUGCCGAGUACAGGUACACGGACAUCUCGCCCGUCUUCUUUGAGCGGGCCCGCAACCGCUGGCCGGAUCUGCACCAACAGGGCCGCAUGACCUUCCAGGCGCUCGAUCUGGAUCGGCCGGUCGACACUCAGGGCCUCGAGGCAGGUUCCUACGAUAUGAUUAUUGCCGCCAGCGUGCUGCAUGCCACUCCGUACCUGGAGGCCACCCUGCGCAACGUGCGUACCGCGCUGAAGCCCGGCGGCCGUCUCGUGCUGGUCGAGGUCAUCAACCCCGCCGAUGUGGCCACCAACUUCAUGGCCGGCCUGGUGCCCGGUUGGUGGGUUGCCCAGGAGGAAUGGCGACCGCACUCUGCGGCGAUCACCGAGCCCAUGUGGGACAAGCUGCUCCGCGCCAACGGCUUCUCCGGGAAUGACAUGCUGCUGCGGGAUUACGAGAGCGAAGAGUGCCACAUCAUGAGCGUCAUUGUGUCCACGGCGCGGGAGCCGGCCAAGAUGCAGAACGGUGUGUCAGAGUCAGAGUCUGAUAAGCCCAAGCGCCGUGUUGUCCUCGUCGUGGAUGAAACGCCGUCGGACCAGCAAAUGCAGCUCGCGGGUCUCGUGGGCGGCCUGCUCGGCCCCGGCUCCGGCUCCGGGUGGCAGACGCCCACAGUUUGCCCAUUCGCCCGCGACGAACUCUCUCGUGCACUCACGGGUCUAACAGAAGACGACGUCGUGAUCUGUCUCGUCGAGGUCGACAACAGACCGCUGCUUGCCAAUCUCUCGGAGCAAAGCUACGCGUGUCUGCAACAGCUCGUCAAGGGCGCCCCGAGACUGCUAUGGGCGACGGCACCGAGUGCGGCUGACGAUCCGCUGGCGGCCCACUACGGUGCUGUGCAGGGCUUUCUGCGCUCCAUCCGGGCCGAGCAGUCGAGCAGCCGGUUGGUGAGUGUGGCGAUCGAGGACUGCAGCGAUGACGCGACGUGUGCGGAUUUGAUUGCCCGGGCAUUCCGGGCCGCAUUCGAGCCCUCGCCACCGUUGGGCGUGGCAUCGAAAGAAGUCGAGUAUGUCGUGCGCGACGGUCUGCUGAUGACGGGUCGGGCUGUCGAGAACGUGGCUGGGAACGAGGCCCUGCGAUCCCUCUUACAGCCGCACACCCAGAAGGUUGCGUGGGCAGACGCCCCGGCAUUGCAGCUCCCAAUGCACACCUCUGGUAACGACGAGCUCCUGUCGUUUGUCCAGGAUAUCACACAUGACCCCGAGGCGGAGAUCGGCCCCGACGAGGUCGAGAUGGAAGCUAAAGCGUGGAGUCUCAGUCAAGACAGCCUUGAUAACGUAGUCGCAACCCGGAUCUCGGACGACGACUCCCUCGGAACCGACGAGCGAAUGCCGCGGUCUGGCACCGGCUGCGCCGGCAUCAUCACGCGGGUGGGCCGCAACGUCGACAAGUCCCUCCUCCGGCCAGGCCAACGCGUCUGCAUGCUGCUUCCACCGGGCGAAGGGAUGCGCAAGUACACACGCGCCCACCACACGGCCGUUACCAAGCUGCCGCCUGCUGGCAACCUCUCGUUUGAAAUCGGCGCAGCCUCCCUGGUCCCGGCCAUGACCGCGUACCACGCCCUCAUCGACGUCGCACGCCUGAGGCCGGGCAUGACGGUGUUGAUCCACCACGCAGCCGGCGCCACGGCACAGAUGGCUGUGCGUAUGGCAAGAGCCCACGGUGCCAGCCGCGUUCUUGCUACUGCGUCAUCGCCCAAGGAGAAGCAGUUUGUGCUCGACACCUUGGGUCUCCCAGCCGAAGACAUCUUUCUCGCCCGCCCGGCUGCGGCAUUCGCAUCUGGAGUGAGAGCCGCAACACAAGGAGCAGGUGUUGACGUCGUCUUCAAUAACGCCUUCCUCGGCGAUGACGCGCUGCUAGCUUCGUGCGAGUGCUUGGCACGGGGCGGCUGCUUCGUGGAGGCUGGCCGCGCCAACCUUGACUCGGGCACGGCACUGCCCAUGUCGGUGUUCGCCAAGAAUAUCUCUCUUUCAGCUGCCCACUUGAGCGACUUGAGCCACGAUGCUGUUGCUGGGCUCGCCGCGAGGGUCAUGGAGCUUUUGGACCAGGGCAGUGUCCAGCCGCCCCAGCCGCUGCGCGUGUUUGACGUGUCUCAGGCCAACGAGGCUGUCAAGCAUGUCAAGACUACUGAGGCGCUGGGGGAGUGUGUCGUCAUCCGCCCAAGAGAUCAGGACAUGGUUUCGUACCACGAAAAGGAAGAGCGGAACUGGAUGUUCGACCAGCGGGGGUCGUACCUCAUCGCGGGAGGAUCCGGCGGCCUGGGUCGGGCAAUCGUCCGAUGGAUGGCGGACCGCGGAGCCAAGCACAUCAUCAUAGCGUCCAGAUCCGGGGCCACGUCGGAGGCUGCUCGCGACCUGCUGGCUGAUCUCGGAGCUAGGGGUGUCAACGUGGUGGCAAUGCAGUGCGACGUCUCCUCCGAAUCAAGCCUCGCAGGCAUGCUCGAGGAGUGCACUCGCCGCAGCAUGCCGCCGAUCAGGGGCUGCAUCAACGCAGCCAUGGUCCUCCAGGACGCCAUCUUCCAGGACAGCAUGACCUUCGCCCAGUGGGAUCUCACCAUGCGCAGCAAGGUGCAAAGUUCGUACAACUUGCACCGCCUCCUGCCGCAAGAGCUCGACUUCUUCGUCCUCCUCUCCUCCCUUGCCGGAGUGGUUGGGCAGAUGGGCAGCGCCAACUACGCCGCCGGCUGCGCGUUCCAGGACGCACUCGCCCGGCAUCGCCUCGCCCACGGCCAGCGCGGCCUCUCGCUAGACAUCGGCUGGAUGAAGAACAUCGGCAUCAUCGCCGAGACGAGCGCAUACCAACGCCAGCGCCAGCGGCUCGAAGACAUGCAGCCUAUCGACGCCGGCGAGCUCCUCGCAGUACUAACGCUAGCCCUGGACCCGGCCCUCCCGCUUCCGAUGCCACUCCACGCCCAGCCGGGGCAGCUUCUUUUCGGGCUGCGGACGCCGGCCGAUCUGUUGGCUCAGGGGCGUGCGGUGCCUGCCCUGCUGGAACGCCCGCUGUUCGCCGCCUUUUCUCACCACUCGACUUCCGUUACGGCGGAGUCUUCCCCGUCUUCCGUCAAUGCGAGUGCGCCCGAUGACAGCGUGCUCUUCCGCCAGGCGGCAGUCGGGUCGCGCGAGCGCUCGAUGAUUGUGCGGCGGGCCUUGGCCAGCAAGCUCGCCCGCGCCAUGUUGAUCGCACCCGAAGAUGUAGAGCCGACCAAGCCGCUGUCAGCAUAUGGUGUCGACUCGCUUAUGGCCGUCGAGCUGCGGAAUUGGUUCGGAAAGGAGUUCGGUGCCAACGUGGCUGUCUUUGACAUUAUGGGAGGAGUGCCCAUCGCAAAGAUUGCGGAGACGGUUGCUGCGAAGAGCACUUUGAAGUAGGAUAGACUGUGGUAGAUUAGGGACAGUGUUGAAUUGGGAUUGCGCGCAGACUGUCAGGACUCUGAGUCGAUGAGCCACAGCGACGCCGACCUCGGGAAGUGGACAGGAAUAGAUUUCCAUC